AUGCUCCGACUUGCAGUGUCCCAUAUGGGUAGGCUCUCCACCCGCCCCAUUGUGGAGCCAACCUUGAUUCGUGCUCUCAAUCGACAAUUUAGCUCAUUUACUCUUUUAAAGCCCCAAGGAAUUUCAAGAUCCCCUGUGGUUGGGUCAAGAUCCACUACAGCGAUGAGUAGAGUCUCUGUAUCACAAAGUAUAGCUGUACGUUAUGCUACGUACGGUCAAGAAUACAAUCCCAGCACAUUGGUUCGUAAACGCCGAUUUGGGUUUUUAAAGCGAUUGAAGACGUUGGGAGGUCGCAAGAUUCUGUUUCGGAGAAUGCUCAAGGGUCGUCGGAGACUUACUCACUAG